AAACGAAGGUACUUACAAAGCAGAGGUGUUCAACAGCGAAGGGAAAAGCAUCAAAGAAGAGUCCUUCAGACUGUGUAUGAAGGAAAAGGUCUCCAAGCCCUCAGUGCAAUUCACCUGUUCUGAUAAGGACGUCACCUUUACCUGUUUCUUGACCAACACUGAGGGAGUGACUUUCAAGUGGAGCAAGAACAGACAGCCGUUAAAUGGGAAAAAAAAUCCAACCUUGAUCAUCAGUCUGAAACAACUGAAAGAGCCAGACACCUUCACCUGCUCUGCAGUCAAUGAGGUCAAUGCGGAGACAAGUGACAUCAUCAAACCAACAUGCAAUGCUGUCUCCAAAUCGGGUGAUCUGCGUUCACCGUUUGGUUUGGAUUUCUGGACCAUGGUGGGCAUCCUGGCCGGGGGAGGGGGCUUGGUACUCCUCCUCAUCAUCACCUUGGUGUGCUGUUGCCUCAGCCGACGCAAGAGCCACAUGCGCUUUGAAGAAGGCCAGAAGCAAAGGCAGAGACCCCCCGGUGGGGCCCCACCUGGUUCCACGGGCCCCAGGCCCACCGCCAGAGCCUCCAGCCAGGCUGCGCCCCAACCCAGAGCCCAGGCUCGAGGGAAGCCUCCACAGACACCAAUGGAUGAUGAUGAGGAGCAGCCCCCACCACUACCGCAGCCUAGGAAGAAAGGCUCUCACCCCGCCAGGCAAUGAGUCUGGAAACAGGUUUCGCCUAUAUACUUUCUGAUCCAAGGAAAGGAGUUCCAGCAGUCUACAUGUUGUAGAUGUUGAAAAUGUUGUUAUCUAAAGAAUAGAAUAGAAAAGGAAGGGAAAAAUACCCACAUAGUGUUCUUUUCUUCCAAUGCCUUUUCAAAAUUCUGUUUCAUUGUUUUUAUGUUGAGUUGUAGCCUACCUAUCUAUCCACCUUCUCUUGAAGUAGUGACCUUAACUUGAUGUCUGUGUGGUUGUCAAUAAAAACUAAAUAACUACAGGCACAUAGUCAUUGAUGGGCAACAUUAUUUGAAAAUACUCAAAUACACAGGAAAUAAGUAUUUCAAAUACAAAUAAUUAAAAUGCAUAUGUAUUCGAACCCAGGUCUGAUAGCUAACAAUUGCAAGAUGAUAAUAAUAGUUCUGAAAAUGUUUCCAUUCACAUCAUUGUGCAUUUGAGUCAUUCUCUGUAUUCACACCUCUGAGUAAAGCUCUCAUGUAAUCAAUUGUUUUCCUGUUACAUCGCUGAGGCCUCUUGGCGGUGGUUUUGGCACGGCACCAACGAAUAGCAUGCAGGGAGCAAAGAUGCUGAAAGCAACACUUAACUGAAGCCCUCGCUUCCACACAUCUUACCUCCUUUUCCUGUGUGUGUGGGAGGGAUAUGAUGCUGUGUGUGUGUGUGUGGGAGGGAGGGAUAUGAUGCUGUGUGUGUGUGUGGGAGGGA